AAUNUCGACAACAUCGACUACUAUGAGAUAGAAAUCAAACCUGUCGAUAUCGAAAUUUAUCCUGGUACCAAGACACGCCAUGUUGGAUACAAUGGCAGUGUUCCAGGACCCACCUUCCAUAUGGAGAGGGGAAGGGAGGCCAUUGUUCGCUUUAUCAACCAUGCGGACAGAGCCAAUUCUGUACACUUACAUGGGUCAUACACUCCAUUCGACGGGUGGGCUGCAGACACGACGGAGGUUGGUCAAUACAAAGACUACUACUAUCCCAACGGACAGCCUGCCAGAACUCUUUGGUACCAUGACCACGCCCAGGGUCACACAGCUGAGAACGCAUAUUUCGGCCAGGCUGGAUUCUAUAUCCUCCACGACGCUGAAGAAAGAAACAGCGGCUUGCCUCAGGAUCAAUACGACAUCCCGCUGGCGAUCGCUUCGAAAAGAUAUAACGCCGACUUCAGUCUGUGGAGUCCAGAUGCUAACCAGGAGACGACCAGUCUCUUUGGAGACGUGAUCCAUGUAAAUGUUGAGCCUCGCAAAUAUCGUUUCCGCCUCCUCGAUACUUCUGUCAGCCGAUCUUUCCAGCUCUAUGCAGAAGCCGAUAAGAAGCCUGGUACUCGUCUUGCUUUUUAUGUUGUCGGCUCUGAUGCAGGUUUGCUCAGCGCGCCAGUGCAGACGACACAGCUGGACAUAUCUAUGGCGGAACGCUACGAGGUCGUGUUCGACUUUGCUGGAUUCGAAGGCCAGAACAUUACUCUGAGAAACAUGAGAGGCGUGGCUGCCGACGACGACUAUGCUGCAACAGACAAAGUAAUGCGUUUCGUAGUCGGCAAGAGUGUCUCCAGCCAGGCUAACAAUCAACUGCCAACCAAACUCCGUGACGUACCAUUGCCUCCGGCCAAAGCGGGCGUUGACCGACAGUUCGAGUUCGCACGCAGCGGGGGUGAGUGGAAGGUCAACGGCGUGACCUGGUCGGACGUCAACGACAGAGUCUUGGCCACACCCAAGCGUGGCGAUGUCGAGGUUUGGGAGUUGCACAACGGCGGCGGCGGAUGGAGUCACCCAAUCCAUAUCCAUCUGAUCGACUUCCAAGUCAUCAGCCGCACCGAUGGUGUGCGUCAAGGUGUGAUGCCCUGGGAGAAAAAUGCACUCAAAGACGUCGUUUGGCUGAACAAGGGAGAACGUGUAAGAGUCGUCGCCCGGUUUGCUCCGUGGGAUGGUCUUUACAUGUUCCACUGUCACAACCUCAUUCAUGAGGACCACGACAUGAUGGUCGCAUUCAAUGUCACAAAGCUAAUCGAUCUUGGUUACAACGAGAAAACGUCGUUCUUGGAUCCUACCGAUCCUGACUAUUCAGCCAAAGCAUUUGCCCCAAAUGACUUCCUAUUACGGCAAGGCGUCUUCAGCGACGAUGCCAUCAGAAACAAGACCGAAUUCUUCCUGAGCAAAGACGCUUAUAUCGAUGCCAAUCAGGUCGAAAAAGCUCUCGUGGACUAUUGGGCCACCAAAACAACCCUAGCCACGUCUUUCGUUUCCACAAAAGCAAGCUCGUCUAGUCGCAGCAGCACAGCUCGAUCUACAUCGACCAGACAA